AUGACCAUUACGGACUUCACCGUGUGCAAAAAGAGCUACCGCUAUCUCACCACCCAGGCGAGCUACCCAAACCAUGAUUCCAAGGCGGUCCUCGAUGCCUUUGAUCCCACCAAGGACCUUCAGUUGCAAGAUCUAAACAGCCUUGUCGAAAAGGGCGUACAGGGAGGCGCCCCCGCCUGGUACACGGGAUGGCCUAAGGAACAGGUGAACAACUUUAAUUUUUGGCAUCGUCCAAUGAUUAGAUACACAACGGUUGGCAAAAAGAAAGAACAGCAUUUUGAUAAAUUGUACGUGCUGGACCAUGACGUUCUGGAGAACGGGAGCGACCCACUGGCAUUCUCUUGGCUGGCAAAGGCCUUCUCGAAAACUGAUCCGGUUAAGGUUCCAAAGUUGGAGGCGUGGUUGAUAAACGAGGAGCUCGAGCAGGAUCACUCCAAGUUGUUUGUGAUGGAGGAUAUCACUGACGAAGAUCCUGAGACGGCUUACGACCGACUGGUAACACGCAAGCGAAUGCCCAUUCCCAAGGAGUUCUUGGAUAUCACUUGGGACGGAUCCGAGGAGCCUGAAAAAAUUUCGGAAGUGCAUGAAAAGUUCCGGCACUUCGUGGACCAUUGGCGCAAGGCGAACACGGUCAUCGGGAGAGAUCAGCUUUCAAAGAACGUCGGAGAACCUGCUGUUCUCACUGCGACAUCUGCCCAACGUUGGGUUUCCGGAGUAAUCAAUUUGGAUUUCGCCGGAUUGGACUCGGAGGACUCAAUUGGAGAUUCCCCCAACAAGACCUACGAACUGCUCACCAAGACCUUGGCAGCCGUUGAGGAGAGUAAUAAGACGACAAAGACCUCCGUGGAAUCGCUUUCGGAGGUAGUGGUAGCGGGCAUCCAUGGACAAGCAUCGGACAAGAAGGCGCCCCCAAAUACAGUGGAAAAGAAGUGGCCCACAAGACUCUCCUAUCUGAAGAGAGUUGCUGGUACUACGACCUCGGCUCAGCUUCCCACUCUCUGGCACGAGCUAGCAAAGUGUAAGAAGCACAAAUCAAUUGGAAUUGUGCAGUCCCUGCUGGAUGAUGAGGCCGAGAAACUGAACAUCAAUAUGGAAUUCAUCAUUUCAGCCCGAGUAAUCAAGAGCCUGGUGGAAUUGGAAUUUUGUUCGCGCGGCGACGCUGAAAAGGGUUUGAACAUGUUUAAUAGUGUCUGUUUCCAGCACUACAAAAAUGCAAACGCGAUCAACGAUUACAACAAGAGCGAUUACUGGUUGACGGGCGAAAAGACAACCGCGUCAAUGAAGGAUCAUCAAGCCCACGACAAGAUCAAGCACGCUAUCUUCCCAAAGGAUCCCAUGCAGUUCCGUGAGAUGGUCAAUGGUAUGCAGGUAUAUAUAACUGAUGCAUUAAUUGUAUUAAAACUAUCUCAAGUUUCUAGAUUGCCGUUAACGGCUGUCAUGGCCAUUUACCAUAUGGAGGUGAGUCCAGUACUGUUGAACCAGUGUGAGGCAUCCAAUCCCAAGGAAGUUGCUCUCAUCGGAUAUUACAUUGCACCCUUGCACAUGUAG